AUGAGUGAUGAAGAAGAUUUCUUAAAAGAUUUAGAAGAAGACUUGGAAGACUUUUCUGCCAAUGAGGAAGAGAAUUUUGAGCAAAAGGAGGGGUCAUUAAGUGAAGCGAACAAGGAAGAAGUGGUAAAGCAUAUGGAUGGGAAAGCAGUUGAGGACGACCUCACUAUAUUGAAAAAGUCAGCUGGUGCUAAUGAGCCAUUUAUGUUGGCAAGGGCAGAUUUGGUUACGAUAGAUCCGUCAUCCAUAUCUAAUAUAUACCAGCUUUCCAGCAGAAUAUCGCAUAUUUUAUUGCAGCAUAAUUCAAAGUUUACCAUGUUGCUCCCGUAUUUGAAUCAAAUAUCAUUGAAUUUAAGGACUGAAACAGCAAAUCUACAUGAAUAUUUAAAACUUUCAUACUCAGCACGGUUUUCUGAAUUGGAAUCUCUGAUUGCAACAGCUACCCAAUAUUCUAACGUCAUAUAUGUACUAGAGACAAGCGAGAAAGAUACGGAGGGAUCUCUUGUUACUUCCUUGGAACAAGUAGCACAACUUUCAAAGGAACAGAUUCUAGUGUUAAUGAUGUCCAUGAAAACCUCAUUCAAUGAGUCAACUCCAUUACCCUUGGAGAUCAAACAAAGACUUCUUCGGGCAAGAGAAAUGAUAAUAACUUUGGAUGAACUACGUCAUACCAUUGCAUCAUAUAUAUCCUCUAAGGUCUACCACAUUGCGCCUAAUCUAUGUGCACUUCUCGGUUCUGAGAUUACUGCACUUUUAGUUUCUCAUGCAGGUGAUAUUCUCCAGUUAAGCCAGGUCCCAAAUUGCAACCUUGCCUCUAUAGGUAAAAAAAAACACUUAUCGCAUGAACUACACACGACUGCAAGUGGUGUAAGACAAGAGGGUUAUAUAUAUAAUUCUGAGUUGGUACAGGAAACACCAGUUGGGAGUAGGAAACAAAUGCUGCGAAUGCUAUGUGCAAAGGUUGCCCUUGCAGCAAGAGUUGAUGCAGGCCUUAAUCAAUCCAACCCAGACGAUUCCUUGGGAAGACAGUGGAGAGAUGAGCUUCUCACUAAGGUGAAAAAGAUCAAUGAAGCACCAAAUGUAUCGGAUACUAAAGCGUUACCAAUUCCAGAAGAUAAACCGAAGAAGAAAAGAGCAGGAAGAAAGUUUAGAAAGUAUAAACAGCAAUUCCAACUGUCUCAUUUGAGACAGUUACAAAACAGAAUGGAGUUUGGGAAACAGGAGACUUCUAUCAUGGAUGCCUUCGGAGAAGAAGUCGGUCUCGGAAUGACCAACACAAGCAUGCAGACAGUUUCAGGUAUUGUAGGAGGGUCUGGAAGGAACGUUAACAACUCUGCCAAGAUGUCGAAGUCUAUGAAACAAAGAAUCAAAGACACAGACAAACAAGCGAAAGAGUAUCUCAUUUCAUUAAAUGAAUUUUCAAAUGGAACAGGCUCCACAGGGCAUUCCCGACCCAGCAAGAUACAAAAACAGGACCCAAAUCCUGACCACGAUUGGUUCUCACAUCAUCUACCACCAUCAUAA